UGGACGUCAACUAGGAUACUCAUUUCAUUUGCUGUAGCUACAAUGUUGUUGUUCUGUACUCCACUUCCAUAGUUCUACUUUACUAAGCUCUUAAAUCUGUUUCAAAGAUUUGAUACUUGACGGUGCUCGUUUCUUCCUGAGCUACAUUGUGCUAAAUGAAGUGAUUUUGUUAAUGGUUGGUUCUGAUGAAGGUUCACGGUAUUUUUGGAUCCUUUUGAGGGACAAGCAAUCGCUUGGAGUUUCUGGUUUUCCUUUAUUUGGUGAUUUUGUUUAUACUGUUUUUAGCUAGAGACGUUGCUGAUCAUGUGAAGCAUUUGGAGUUUGUUUUUCCCUAUAUGGUUAUGGAUUUGCCAUUAUUACUGUACCUUUCUUCACUUCGUGAAUGGUGGGUCAUUCACGGUUUUGGCUUUUGAAUAAUGGCUGUGUGGGUCUUUAGUGUUGACUAUAUACUAUAAAUAGGUCCUUAACAUUGCAUGGUUUGAGGGGUGCCUAACUCUUCUUUUAAGCUUGAGCUUGCUUCUACUCUAGAUUGGUGCUCUCUUUUAAUAUUCUAGCAAGGUGAGAGCUAGUUGCUAUCCCUUUCAAAGCUCCUUAUCAGUAUUCACUUCAGGUUGAACUAUAUACAUAAAUAUGAAGCUAUUUAGCCUUUUAGUGGUGUUAUUAUCCUUCUUCUCCGUUAUGGGUCAGCUUCCUUCACAGGACACUUUAGCAUUGCUGGAAUUCAAGAAAGGCAUCAAGCAUGACCCUACUGGUUAUGUCCUUAGUUCCUGGAACGAGGAAUCCGUUGACUUUGAUGGAUGCCCAUCUACAUGGAAUGGAGUACUCUGUAAUGGUGGUAAUGUUGCUGGUGUUGUCCUUGAUAACCUUGGUCUUUCUGCUGAUGCCAAUUUGGGUGUUUUCUUAAGCCUCACAAAGCUUGUAAAACUCUCUAUAUCCAACAAUUCUAUCUCGGGAAAACUUCCUGACAACAUUGCUGAAUUCAAAAGCCUCGAGUUUCUGGAUGUAUCCAAUAAUUUCUUUUUUUCAUCCUUACCAAUGGCAAUUGGUAAACUAACUAGCUUGCAGAAUCUGUCAUUGGCUGGAAAUAACUUCUCUGGCCCAAUUCCUGACUCUAUUUCAGGAAUGGCUUCAAUCCAAUCUUUGGACUUGAGCCGUAAUUCAUUUUCUGGACAACUGCCAGCAUCAUUGACUAAGCUGACUAACCUGGUAUUACUUAAUUUAUCUCAUAAUGGCUUCACUGGUAAAAUUCCCAAAGGUUUUGAGCUGAUCUUUUCUCUGGAGAAGCUUGACUUGCAUGGGAAUAUGUUUGAUGGUCCUUUAGAUGAUGAAUUUAUACUUUUUUCAAGUGCCAGCUACGUUGAUUUUAGUGAGAAUAUGCUAGUGAGUUCUAGUUCUCAGCAGCAUACGUUUCUGCCACAAAUUUCUGAAAGUAUUAAGUAUCUGAAUCUAAGCUACAACCGGCUAACUGGAUCAUUGGUUAGUGGAGGUGAUCAACCAGGUUUUGAAUACUUGAAGGUGUUGGACCUCAGUUACAAUCAAUUAUCUGGAGAAUUAUCUGAAUUUGAUUUUGUUUAUGAACUAAUGGUCCUUAAGCUCAGCAACAACAGAUUUUCAGGAUUUGUACCCUCUGGUCCUCUUAAAGGAGACUCUUUGGUUUUGACUGAACUGGAUUUGAGUGGCAACAAUCUAUCAGGGCCAAUAAGUAUAAUUACAUCAACAACAUUGCACACACUUAAUCUCUCAUCCAAUGAGUUCACUGGUGAGCUGCCAUUGCUGACCGGAAGUUGUGCUGUUCUUGAUUUGUCAAAUAACAAAUUAGAAGGAAAUUUAACCAGGGUGAUGAAAUGGGGGAAUAUUGAGUUUCUUGAUCUCAGUAGGAAUCACUUGACAGGAUCCAUCCCUGAGGUAACUCCUCAGUUUUUGCGAUUAAAUUAUCUGAAUCUUUCCCAUAACUUUCUUAGUAGAUCCCUCCCAAGAGUCUUAACACAAUAUCCACAGCUUAAAAUGCUCGAUGUUAGUUCCAACCAGUUAGAUGGAAAAUUUCUAGAUGAUUUGCUGAUAAUGCUCACUUUACAAGAGCUCCAUCUUGAAAAUAAUAUGAUUUCUGGCAACAUUAAUUUAUCAUCAUUUUCUCCUCGUCCCUCUGAUAUUCAGAUUCUUGAUCUUUCUAAUAACCAGUUUAAUGGUUAUUUUCCUGCUGAGUUUGGAUCACUAACUGGCCUGAAAGUGCUCAACGUUGCAGGAAAUAAUUUUUCAGGUUCCCUUCCAACUACCAUUGCUAACAUGAGUUCCCUAGAUUCCUUGGAUAUAUCAGAAAAUCAUUUUACAGGCCCUUUACCAAUUAACAUGCCAAAGGAGCUCAAAAAAUUUAAUGCUUCAAAAAAUUAUCUGUCUGGAGUUGUCCCAGAAAAUCUUAGGAAGUUCCCUAGUUCUUCUUUCUAUCCUGGGAAUGAUAGGUUGCAUUUUCCAAAUGGUCCUUUUAGAUCAACCAAUAAACCAGAUGAAAAUUCCAAUAGGAAGCCUGUUGGUAAAGUGAUAAUCAUAGUGUCAUGCGUGGUUGCUGUUCUCUUCAUGUUAGUCCUGCUGGCUGUCUUUUUCAUAUACUACAUUCGAAUAUCAAGAUCUCCAUCGGAAUAUGCUACUGCUAAAGAUAUGAGUGAGCACGCUCAACGACAAAUCUCUGGCCCUGGUUAUGCAAAAUACUGUUGUGCCCAAAGUGUGGAGUUUGUUUUUGUUUCUCUAUUUUUGUGUGUAUGCUUCCGCUAUGGCUGUUUGAAGAAGGCUUCUUUUCCCAACAGAUACUUGGGUGGUGCUUUGGUUGUGUCGGCUGAGGAUCCUGUGACCUCACAGAAAGGAUCAUCAACAGAGAUUAUCAGCCUUGAUGAAAACAGGGCAGCUGUAAUAGGGUUCUCCCCAUCAAAAAAUAGCCACUUUUCAUCACCAGGGUCUAGUGAUUCAGUUUCUGUAGGAAAUCAUGCAAGACUAUAUGCAAGAUCACCAGAUAAAUUGAAGGGAGAGCUCUAUUUUCUUGAUGAUGCAACAACAUUGACACCUGAGGAGCUGUCUAGAGCCCCAGCUGAAGUUUUGGGGAGAAGCUGCCAUGGUACAUCUUACAAGGCAACUCUGGAGAAUGAUUAUUUUUUGAGAGUGAAGUGGCUAAGAGAAGGAGUGGCAAAACAGAGAAAAGAAUUUUCCAUAGAGGCUAAAAAAUUUGCUAACAUCAGGCAUCCCAAUGUUGUCGGAUUGAGAGGGUACUACUGGGGUCCUACACAGCAUGAGAAGCUUAUUCUUUCAGAUUACAUCUCUCCGGGAAGUCUUGCAAGUUUUCUAUAUGAUCGACCAGAGCGAGAAGGUCCACCAUUGACCUGGGCUCUGAGGCUGAAAAUAGCAGUUGAUGUGGCACGUGGGCUGAACUAUCUCCACUUUGAUCGUGCUGUUCCUCACGGGAACCUCAAAGCAACAAAUGUGUUGUUAGAUACAGGUGACUUGAAUGCACGUGUAGCUGAUUACUGCCUCCACAAACUUAUGACUCAGGCUGGUACAUUUGAACAAAUUCUUGAUGCUGGGAUCUUGGGUUAUCGUGCACCAGAGCUUGCUGCUUCCAAGAAGCCAAUGCCCUCCUUCAAAUCAGAUGUUUAUGCUUUUGGGGUUAUACUUUUGGAACUUUUAACAGGAAGGUGUGCUGGUGAUGUUAUAUCUGGUGAGAAGGAAAGUGUUGAUCUGACAAAUUGGGUAAGGUUGUGUGUUUCAGAAGGUAGAGGCUCAGAAUGUUUUGAUGCUGCAUUAGUGCAUGAAAUGGGCAAUUCAGUCGUUGAAAAGGGAAUGAAUGAGGUCCUUGAAAUAGCCAUUCGAUGCAUAAGAUCUGUUUGUGAGAGGCCAGGUAUCAAGACUAUAUAUGAAGAUCUUUCGUCUAUAUAGCCUACUCAUGUAAUUUGAACAUUUACAUGUUAUUGGAAGUAAUGUUUCAUUGGUAUC